AUGGCCCAGCCUCAGUCCGACGAGACGACCCCGUUGAACCCGGGCCAUCCCAAGUACCAGGCAAUUGCUACCACGAAUGUUGUCGCCGACGAGGAAAGCGAUGCGGUCCCGGAGAGUCCGUCGAAGCCGCCGGUGCAGGUGCUGACCAGCGUUGGCAGCAUCAUUGCCGUGCUUCUUCUUGGCGAGUUCAUUUCCAAUGCCGAUGGAACGCUCGUCAUGGCAGCGACGGCGCGCAUUUCGUCCGAGUUCAACCGCCUGCAAGGCGCCGCCUGGCUGUCGACUGGGUAUACUCUCGGAGUAUGCGUUGCGCAGCCGAUGUAUGGAAAGCUGGGCGAUAUCUACGGCCGGAAACCGCUUCUGCUCUGGUCCUACUUCUUCCUUGCCUUGGGCUGCGUGGUUUGUGGACUUGCAACAGACAUGUGGAUUGCAAUUGUUGGCCGUGCUCUGAGCGGCAUUGGAGGCGCGGGCGUCAUGACCAUGAGCGCAAUCAUCAUCACCGAUAUCGUGGCCAAGCGAGAGAUCGCGACAUGGCGAUCAAUCAUCAACCUGGCCAUGACGCUUGGUCGCAGUCUUGGAGGUCCUGUUGGCGGAGUCUUGACUGAUACAAUUGGCUGGCGAUGGGCUUUUCUGCUACAAGCUCCUUUGCUUGCGAUCGCCGCCCUUCUCGUUGUCAUUCAACUCAAGCUCGUCCAUUCUGAUCAGCCUUCCGGCCAGUCCAAGAUCAGCCGCGUCGACUUCCGGGGCUCCAUCCUCGUGGCCACCAGUAUCGGCACCCUGAUUCUCCUCCUCGAUCAAGGCGGGAAGGCGUUCCCUUGGGCAUCUCUCCCUACCCUAUUCCUAGCGAGUGCCGCAAUGCUGACUUUCGGCCUCUUCAUCUACACUGAGCUCUACGUCGCAGCGGAGCCGAUAUUCGAUCUUGCAAUCCUCAAACGCCCCAAUGUGGCCGCCAGCUACCUCGUCAGCUCCUUCCAGGUCGCCGCCCAGGUCGGCAUGAUGUUCACGGUGCCACUCUACUUCCAGGUCUCCGAGCGGGCGUCAAGCACAGUGGCAGGAGCGCACUUGAUCCCCGCGGUGGUCGGCAAUGCCAUCGGCGGCUUGUCGGCCGGGCUCUUUAUUCGGAAAACAGGCAACUACAAGCCCGUUCUCGUCGCGGCUGGUUUAAUCGCGUGCAUCUCGUAUCUGCUUCAGUUCCUCCGCUGGAAUGGAGACACCGGGUUCUGGGAGUCGCUGUAUAUUGUCUUCGGUGGUCUGGGUAGCGGCUCAGCUGGGUCCGCGGCGUUUGUCAGUAUGACGGCGUUCUUGGAGCCUGGUGAAAUGGCUAUGGCGACCGUGGGGUAUUCGCUGCUCAUCAACUUUGCCCUCACGUCGGGCAUCACGUCCAACUAUACCUUGUUGUCGUCGGAGUUUCGGAGGCAGCUGCGGAGGAACCUGCAUGGGAAGGGGUCGCAUAAGAUCAUCCAUCGUGCUUUGUCGAGUAUCGAGUACAUUGCAAGUCUCACCGGAUCCCUUCGCGAGACGGUCGUCGGAAGUUAUGUUGCUGGGUUGAAGCAUGCCUACAUCUUCUCCUUGAUAUGCUCUCUGUUGUCUUCUGUGACUGCUUUGACUGCAAGAAACCACCGUCUAUAG